AUGGAGACAAACAACUAUGUUGAGUCAUGGCACAACCAGCUGAAGACAAUUUAUCUGAAGCGCAAACGUGUCCAUUGUCUUGACUUGUUGAUGAGUAUCCUGACGUUCGAUGUCGAGUUUGACGUCCAGCAAGAAGUCAAACGUCUAACGUGGAGCAGUGUAAUGGCGCUUCUAAGCAAUGGAGAUUGUGGAGUUGGCGAGGAAUCAUGCACGUUAUAUCAAGGCUCAUCGUAUUCUUAUACAGUGCGGUUACUUGGCGUUUUGUUCUAG